AUCGUGACUAUUACCAUGUCUGGACGCGGCAAACAAGGAGGCAAGGCUCGUGCCAAAGCUAAAACCCGCUCCUCCCGGGCCGGACUUCAGUUCCCCGUAGGCCGUGUACACCGCCUGCUCCGCAAAGGAAACUACUCUGAGCGGGUCGGAGCCGGCGCCCCGGUGUACCUGGCGGCGGUGCUGGAGUACCUGACCGCCGAGAUCCUGGAGCUGGCGGGCAACGCGGCUCGCGACAACAAGAAGACGCGCAUCAUCCCGCGCCACCUGCAGCUGGCCAUCCGCAACGACGAGGAGCUCAACAAGCUGCUGGGCAAAGUCACCAUCGCUCAGGGCGGCGUCCUGCCCAACAUCCAGGCCGUGCUGCUGCCCAAGAAGACCGAGAGCCACCACAAAGCCAAGGGCAAGUAAAGUGCCGACAGCACCGCCCCACGAACCA